GAGUCUUGGUCUCGCCGACGUUCUCCGCCCCAGAACGUUGCCCAGACCCCCUGCAAUUUGCUUUUGAGGUUGUCUCGCCGACGCUCUCGUUCCCCAGAAGCUGCCCAAACGCUGCCAAAGAAUGAAGACCGUUGCCGCCAUCGCUAUCCUCUGCCUCGGCGCCGCCGCCGCCAGGAAGGCGUCGCGCGAGACGGCCUCGGACCGCAUCGAGAAGUUGCUGGCCGCCCGGGGCAGCAGGAAGACGACGCGCGCGAGCCGGCGCUUGGGGAGCCCGAAGCAGAUGGUCGACACGGCGCACCCGCUGCUGAAGGCUCGCUGGGAGGCCACCGGCAAGCUUACGCUGGCGGAUAUCGAGGCGGCGGCGGCGGCGCCCGAGUGGCGGACCGAGCGGGCCGUGCGCGGCCGGGACCGCGUCUCGCGCCUCGGGAGCAUCAACGACGACCGGACCGCCGACAUGUGCGCGGCCUACACGGGUUCCGGAGCGGCGUGCUUCGAGGGCGACCUGUCCGAAUUGGACGACGACUUCAUCGUGUCGCUCGAGCCGGGCGCCUGCGCCACGUGCGGCUACGGCGAAGAUGCGCCCUCGGGCGGCCAGGACGAUUGGUCAGACUGCAUCACGUGCGCCAACGCCGGGGAAGAAAUCAUUGUCCUCUUCGACGACUGCACGGGCACCUGCGUCGACGCGGCCGGCAAGGCGUUCUGGGAAGGGCUGGGCUACGCGGACCUGGACGACUCGGCGUGCGAGGCGACGCGGGCGUGCUACGACGAUGACGGCUUCGUCGACUCGCUGUCGCUCGGCGGCACGAACGCGAAGUACGCCGGCGACGUUGGGAGCUACUCGUACUCGUACGACGACGACGGCGGCAGUGACGACGACGGCUUCGCCUGCUUGGAUGACUGCAGCUUUACCAACGACGACGACGAGGUGGGCUGGGACUGCGCCGGCUACAGGGACAUCGCCAGCUCGUGCCUGGCGGACUGCGACGCGUCGCUGGCGAACGAAUUCGCGUUCCACUGCGCAGAGAUGCUUAUCAAGACAUUGUGCUAUGCCGAAAAGACGGCCGCGAAGACCUGCGCCUGCGCCGAGUUAAACGUUUGCGACGACAGCGGCAUCACCGGUUACAGCCUGCCCAGCGACGCGGUCAACCACGGCGCGACGAACGGGGGCUGGUGCUCCGGGGGCGUGGACGACUGCAGCAUGGACGACGAUCCCGAGUUCGACGCCGCGGCCUGCUGGGGCCUCUGCGCGCUCAAGUACCCCGACUCGCUCGUCGCGAUCGACCUCAACGAAGGUUCCUGCUGCUGCCAGGAUAAGUGCGAAUGCAUGGCCAAUAUCGAAGACGGGAAUGAGGUAUACACCGACGCCUCGAUCACGACGCUCCCCGCCGAUUGCGGCGGCGACGACGACGACGACGUCGGUCCGCUCCCCGCUACCUGCGCGGACGGCGCGGCCAACAGCGAGUUCAUCUGGGAAUGCGGGGGCGGUCCCGUCUACCAGCAGGGCUGCGUCGACGAGUGGCACGCCUACGUCGAAUGCAAGUGGAACUAUUUCCCGGCGAUCGUCGACGACACCUAUUUCAACGGCCCGUCGUGCUCCCUGUCGUGCGCCGAUGCCCUGUCGUCGCCGGCGCCGGCGCCGGCGCCGGCGCCGCGGCCCGCGAACGCCACCGCGCUCGGGUCCGACGCGGCGGCGGCGCGCGGCCCGCUCCUCGCCACCGCCGUCCUCGGCGCCGCGGCCGCGGCGCUCUAGGCCGGACGGCCCAAUUCACUUCCCCCCCCCCCAUCAUCGUCAUGA